AUGUUCCGCCUCCCAAGAUCCACCCUUUCCGGCAUCCUCCUCUCUUCUUACACCGCCUCUUCCAUCUCCUCUCUCCACCGCUGCCUCCUCUUCGCCACCGCCACCGGCUCCCGCAUCUCCCCAUGUCCUAGCUUCGCCGUGGAGGAGUACCUCGUGGACACCUGCGGCCUCACCCGACCCCUGGCCCUCAAGGCAUCCGCGAAGAUCUCCCACAUCAAGUCCCCCACCAAUCCCGACGCCGUGCUCGCCUUCCUCGCCGGCCUCGGCUUCUCCGGCGCCGAUGUCUCCGCCCUCAUCGCCAAGGACCCCAAGUUCCUCUGUGCCAGCGUGGGGCGAACCCUGACGCCCAUUUUCGAGGAGCUCACCGGCCUCGGUCUCUCCCGUUCCGAGGUCGUCCGCCUCGUCUCGCUCACCGCCGGCGGCGGCCAUUUCCGUCGUAGAUUUGUCGUCUCCAGGGUGCACUACUACCUGUCCCUCUUCGGCUCCUUCGAGAAUCUCCUCCACGCUCUCAAGGGCCGCUUUUGCUUUCUCGGUUCUGACCUCGAGAGGCGAGUGAAGCCCACUGUCAUGCUCCUACAGGAGUGCGGGCUAGGUGCUUGCGAUAUUGCCAAGCUGUUAACCGGUGUGCCCAGUAUGCUCACCGCCAACCCAGAGCGCAUCCGGGUGAUGGUGGCAUGCGCGGAAGGUAUAGGUGUGCCCCGUGGCUCUCGGAUUUUCAGAGGAGCACUGCAUGCUGUUGCAUUCCAAAGCAAGGAGAAGGUUGCCGCUAAAGUGGAGUACUUGAGGAACACGUUCGGUUGGUCACAUGCCGAGGUGGGCAUUGCUGUGUCUAAAUUCCCUAAUCUCCUGAGGAAUUCAAAGGACAAGCUGCAGCGUACGUCUGAGUUCUUCAUCUCCGAGGUGGGGCUGGAACCGGCCUAUAUUGCUCAGCAGACAGUAAUGCUCAGUUACAGUCUAGACGGACGGCUCAGGCCGCGGUACUAUGUUAUAAAGUUUCUCAAAGAAAAUGGAUUGCUCAAGCGCGUCCCGAAAUGCAGUACAAUUUUUCAUUAUGUCGAGAAGUUAUUCGUGGACAGGUACAUACGCCCUCACAAAGAAGCUGCACCUCACCUUGCUGAAGACUAUGCUGCCGCCUGCAGAGGUGAAAUGCAGACUUGUUUCAGAUUUAUGAACCAAGAGCGUAGUAUUUAA